AUGGCGACGGAGUCGGCAAAGCAAGGCAAAACACAUACCCGAAACUCACCGGAAGCCAUGCAAGACCAGAAUGGCUCUGCUGAAUGCGCUUCAGCAGAGCCAACCAUUGCCUCUAAACGGACAAGCAGCAUUGUGGCCAUACAACAUGAUACGACUACUGUGCUAUCAAUAACAACCUCAGUAACCCCGUCGAUCGCGGACACCGUUCGCCAAUACCGGAGCAUGCUUGACGUUGAGGAACCCCCGAAGCUGAACCCUCUUAAUCCCAUGUCCUUUGAUGAGUUGUACACUCCCCCGAGCCAACAGCCCCCCAAAUCCGCGUCAGAGAAGCCGCAAUACGAAUUGACGGCUAAUGGUGUCUGCGGGACUUUGGCGAAUACUGCUGACAGUCAGGUCAAAGAUCUGAGCUCUUCCAACAGCUCCGAUUCGCCUAUGGGAUCUCCCGCGUCACCUCCUGCUGGCAAGCCUGAAUCCGCGGCCUCUGCUCAAGAUGCUCAUCCUUCUGACCCCGCUCCUGCAGUUCCGUCUCAAUCUGUUCCUUCUACCAUUCAGGACGCCCGAAACAUUGUCCGAAGGAAGCUCACUGGCUAUGUCGGCUUUGCCAACCUGCCAAACCAGUGGCACCGCAAGAGUGUUCGCAAGGGUUUCAACUUUAAUGUAAUGGUUGUCGGUGAAUCCGGCCUUGGCAAGUCUACUCUCGUCAAUACUCUCUUCAACACCUCUUUGUAUCCCCCAAGAGAGCGCAAAGGUCCUAGCCUGGAUAUCAUUCCCAAAACUGUCCAGAUUCAGGCUAUUAGUGCCGAUAUCGAGGAGGCGGGUGUCCGCCUUCGCUUGACUGUCGUUGACACCCCGGGAUUCGGUGACUUCGUUAACAAUGACGAGUCGUGGCGCCCUAUUGUUGACGAUAUCGAGCGUCGAUAUGAUGCUUACCUCGAUGCUGAGAACAAGGUCAACCGCAUGAACAUCGUUGACAACCGUAUCCAUGCUUGUGUCUUCUUCAUUCAGCCUACCGGCCACUCUUUGAAGCCCCUGGACAUUGAGGUUAUGCGACGCCUUCACACCAAGGUCAACUUGAUCCCCGUCAUUGCGAAGUCAGACACUCUCACCGAUGAGGAGAUUGUGAGCUUUAAGGCUAGAAUUUUGGCAGACAUCAAGCACCAUGGCAUUCAAAUCUUUGAGGGUCCUCGGUAUGAGCUGGACGACGAGGAGACAAUUGCCGAGAACAAUGAGAUCAUGUCCAAGGUCCCCUUCGCUGUUGUUGGUGCCACCAACGAGAUUAAGACAACUGAUGGCCGGGCCGUUCGCGGACGCCAGUACCCAUGGGGUAUCAUUGAAGUCGAUAACGAGGAGCACUGCGAUUUUGUCAAACUCCGCCAGAUGCUCAUCCGAACUCAUAUGGAAGAGCUCAAAGAGAACACUAACAACGCCCUGUAUGAGAACUACCGUACCGACAAGCUCAUUGCCAUGGGUGUGUCACAAGACCCCAGUGUCUUCAAGGAAGUCAACCCUGCUGUUAAACAGGAAGAGGAGCGUGCUCUGCAUGAGCAGAAGCUAGCCAAGAUGGAGGCCGAGAUGAAGAUGGUCUUCCAACAGAAGGUGGCCGAGAAGGAGAGCAAACUGAAGCAGUCCGAGGAAGAGCUUUACGCCCGCCACAGAGAGAUGAAGGAGCAACUUGAACGCCAACGAGCGGAGCUCGAAGAUAAGAAGCAACGCAUUGAGAGCGGGCGGCCGUUGGAGAAGGAGGGCAAGCGCAAGGGUUUCUCAUUGCGUUAA